UACCCAUGAUGCAGCGCGGCUCGUGCAGAUGUUUUCAGAGCUCAGACUGAGGAGAUUUCACGCUAAGCUAACGGCCUAAAGCUCUGCACUUAAACCAGUCUCAAUGCACUCAUCGACGGUGUAGAGAUACAAGAGUCUCCAAGAUAACACACAAUCUUGGGUUAUGGCGACCAGUGGCGGGGAUGAUGAGUUUGAUGAAUAUGAUAAGCCUGGUGCUGAAAGGUCAAGAAGACGGAGAGGAGAUGAUGAUGACUUGGAAAGUGAUUUGGAGGAGGGAGACUUACUUGAAGAAGAUUGGCUGUCAUCAAAAAAGAACCCCUCAGAGUUGUCAGAUGAGGAGCUUAAUGAUGACCUGUUACAAAGUGAUGAAGAAGACCAAAAUGCAAGUGGUCAGGGUGACGUUGUGAGCUUAAAUGCCACACUGAGUCUGGGCACGUCUGGUCACCUUCACGAUGAAGACCCUGACGGAGGUGGAUACACUGAAUACACCUAUGAAGAGACAGAAGGGGGCCAACCGGGUUUCUCUCAGGGUGAGGAAUAUGAGGGAGAUGUGUACCAAGGAGAGCAUGAAGAGGUGGAAUACCCAGGAGACUUGAAAUAUGAUGAAUUUCAAGAUGAAGUGUUGGACCUACAGAUCGACAAGCCACUGGAUGAUGAUUUUCAAGUGGAUGAAUACCCGACUGAGUAUAGUGAAGAGCAGACUGACCAGCAAGAAGUGGCUGAGGAGGAGGAAACUGAGGAGCAGGAUGGCUCUCAGAUGGAGAAUGAAAACGAUCCAGAAGCUGAGGCUGAGCUAGAGACUGAUGUAAAAGAGGAGUCCGAUGAGGAGGAGGAGGAUGUUGAAGAAUCCGGCCGUCUGCGGUUUAAGACAGAGCGCAAAAAUGACACCGUGGUCAGACUCUCUGAUGCUACCAGUAAAAGAAGGAACAUCCCAGAUACUUUAGAGCUCUCUGAUGAUGCUAAAGCAGACCUGUGGGAGUUUGAGGAAAGGGAACGUCAGAGGAAGCAGGGCCGUUUUGGAGGACGAGGAAGAGGAGCGGAUGGAGGGAGGGGAGGAAUGGGAGGUAGAGGUGGGAUCAGAGGAAGGGGAGGAUCAGGAGGACGAGGAGUCAGUGGAAGAGGCAAUUUCCCUCUAUUUGGAAUGGGAGGUUUCCGCGGUGAUGGAGUCGGAGGUCGAGGAAGAAUAAAUGAGCAAAGGCCUCCACUGAUGCAAAUGAACUUGGGAAUGCAGCAACAACUCAGAAUGACUUCUCCACUUCAGCAUCACCACCAUCAGUCUCGUCUGCCUGGUCUGAGGGGCAGUGGAGGUCCUGGGCUAUUCCCGGACCCGGGCACCCCAAUUCCUCAGCAGCCACUGCAGCUGUUGAUGCCACGUCUGGCCCACCAUUCCCCGGGACCCAGAACACAACAUGACCCGCACGUACCUCGCUCAUUGAACUCACCGCUGCGGCACUCACAUGCACAUCCCAACCAACACCAGCAGCAUCAACAGCAUCACCCCAAGAACAUUCACAUCAACCCUCACUUCAGAGGACCCUCCUCCUCACCUGUGCAAGUGCCUCCUGUGCAGAACCAACCGAGGCCUAACUUCAGUCCACAGAGACCCCCGGCUCCUCCUGAUUUCCAGCAACAUCUCCAAGGGAAUUUUGGCCCACCUCAGCGGCCUCUACCCCACCAGGAGCAAUGGAGAGGACCACCGCCACAUCAUCAGGAUCCAGAGCACUUCUUCCCCGGUGAACCACGUUUUUUGGGCCAGCACUUAUUUGACCAGCCAGGUCCUGCCCCCCUCAUGAAUAACAGGGGUCUUUCAUUAUCGGGGCAAGGCCCGCCAUCAUUCCCCCUACAAGGGGGACUCAGAAGCCCUGGAUUUGGCUCUCUGGGGCUUGGGCAGAACCAAGGGUCUCAAGGAGGCGGUACUUUCCAAAGAGAGCCCUCUCGGACAGGUUUGGCCCCGCAGCAUGGAGGACCUCGUGGCUUUGGGGGUCACAGGCAGCCCUUUUCGCCCCAACAGCAAGGACCCCCAUUUAACUCACAGCACAUGCAGUUUGGUAUGCAGGUACGCCAGAGAGGUUUAAUGCAGCUGCCCAUGCACCAUGAUCUGCCACUAUCCCAUCAAUCCUUGCACCAGCAACACAGACAAGACUUGCCCCUCCAGGGUCCACCUCACACCCAGCCUCCACCCCAACACCAACAGCACCACCAACACCACCCAAGGGACCAACAUCCCAUGGUGCACCUCUCUCAGCCCCACUUUCCCCGGAUGAUUCAAAGCGACCAAAGACAGAUGCAGUGCCAACCUCAGGGCAACCAGCAACGAAAUAACCAUGCCAGACCCAAAAUGAUGCCUCCUUCUCCACUGCAGAAGUUUUCUACUCAACGCAACAGCAAUCUCCGUGAGCUGCCCAUCGCCACAAGCAACAAUAAUUGCCUGCCAGUGCCUGGUGGGCAAGCAAAGCCUGUUAGCAGGGCAGCACAGAAUAUUAGGCAAGGGCAGGCUGCACGUGCUGGACCGGCAGGAAGAGGAUCAUCUGUGGCACAGGGGCAGGGAGCUGCCAAAGCACCAGAGCAGCCCAGUGUGCCUGAGAUGAAGAAAGAGUGUCCAGCUGCACAGUCAAGCACCACUUCCGAGGACCCAGAUGAAGAUGAGGAGACACGUCAGUACCGACUGAAGAUCGAGGAACAGAAGCGUCUGCGAGAAGAGAUCCUCAAGCGUAAAGAGCAGCGCAGACAGAUGCAGGCUGGGAUGCGCAAAAAAGAGCUGAUGGAUAGGAAAAGCAGCCAGAACCCAAACCAGACUCCACAAACUCAGAACCCCACACCGUUCCCUGCAGCCCAACCCCCACAGCCGGUCCCUUCACUGACCUCUAACGGCACCCCCCAGAACCCUUUGUCAGGUCUUAGUUCCCCUCGUCCAAAUGUGAAGGCCCGACUGCAGAACACUAAUUCAGGCUGGUCUGGGCCGCAGAAGCAACAGAACGCUGCUCCUGAAGCCAGCACGCAGGGUCAAUGGCAACCGCAGCAGAAGAGGACCAUGACCCCACAAAACAUUCAAAGACUAGGUGCUGCUCAGACCAACCCAUCAGAAGGGCCAGUCGCUCAGCCUCAACCUGGAGGAAAGAGAACAGUGAUGCAAAGAACAAACAUCGUAGAACCACCACAGGUCCCACAGAAAGUGCGACUAGUUAAACUUCAGGGAGAGCAGGCAGAUGCUGGUCCCAUCACUGGUCCCCCACAGCAGCAGCAGCAACAACAACCAAUCGGUCGGCCUGCCCCCCAACAGAGACUUGGUCCCAUCAGGAAAGUUUCCAUGGCAACUGGUGGUAUACAAAAUCAACAACAGGCUGGUCGUGGCACGGCAAACCAAACGAACCGGGUGGUGGUCCGGGGUCGAGCCCGUGGCCGUGGCCGGGGCGGGGGGCGUGUGAUGCAGCAGACCCCAAGAGCUCAGGACUGUCAGCGAAGCAGUGUCUGCAUCGAAGGGUUCUCUACCACCACAACCAACAAACAGCUCAAGAACCUUCUCAGCUCCAUUGGCCCUCUUGAGAUGUUUACAAUGUUGCCAGAGCAGCGGAAGGCCAUUGCCAAGUUUGUGAACCCACAGCAUGCAGUGAGUUUUCAGCACAGCUUUCACAGGCACAUGAUAGAUUUGUCUCACAUCGAUGUUUCCGUUAUUGAUGGCUGAGGAGCGAGUCAGUUCAACAGAGAAGACGAAGAGAAGUGAACAAGAAGAGAACGUCUAUUUCUGAAAAACAGACGCAGAGUCGGGAGGAUGAAGCUGUGGGAUCUGUGUGGAGAGCGCUGUCGACAGAAUCACAAACAUGCUGGAAAUGGCACAGCACUGAACUCAUGCUGUUAUUGACUUUGUUUCUGUACUUUCAUUUAUAUAUGGAGUAAUCCGUAAUGGUCCAAGCCAGCAGGUGAAAAGAGAGACCGAGAUAUGAAAGCCAAGACAUUUUUAAGCCAGUUGAUAAUAGUUGCUCCCAUCCUCAAGCUCUCAACAUAAUUAGAACAAAUAUUUUGAAUGGCCGGUUUCAGUCAAAUAGGAAUCACUUAAAAAAUAUAUUUUGUAUGUAUGUAUGUAUUUAUAUUUUUGUCGUUGACGGGUGGUUUGGCCUGAUUGAACAGUAAUGUGUAGCUUCAGUUGUAAAUGUGACCUGUAGAGGGCAGCAGAUGUCUUCUGUACAGAGCUCUGUCUCCUGUGGUAUAUCAGAGUGUAAAGCACUGCUUGCUAGAGAUGUUGAAGUGCUGGUAUAGAAACUCAGGGGCAUGUUUGGGUUGAGCUUUUUUUUUUUUUGGAAGCCACUGUGAUAUUGCAGGUGUCUUUUUUUUGUGUGCAGUUUUCUAUGACUCUUCAUGAUCUCACGUUUCUUCAUCGUCUCUUUCACCGUUGUGAUUGUAUUGCAGUUGAGGUUUGUUCUGCGGAGCUGGAGUGGUGAUCGUGACGUGUGUCUUUGUGAACUAAAGACAGCUGAGAAACGAUUUGACACUAAAUGGCUUUUCUACUUUGAUUUUAAGUUUUGGUGCUGGAAUUGAGUAUUUCGAUUAUUUUAAUUGUUGUUAGGAAUAGCUUCUCAGCUAGUAUUAAAGGCAAGUCUCCCCCUUCAGUAAUGCUACUUUUUAAUGCGUUUAGUUUUCUUUCCUCAGAGUUCAGCAAGUAUUGUGGGUGGAAGAGGAUUGCUGAGUCUUGGAUUUUAUUGAUAGGUCUGUUUGCUUGUGUAGAGCACUAGAUGUGUUUAUGAAUUGUGAAGAGGUCACGACUGUCCCGUUUACAACAACAGCUUGGUCAUAUGUUUGGGAAGAAAGACAUAUUUUGGACUGUUUGUAAUUAUAUUCGUAUAGCUUUGGCUCCGUUAAUUGUUUUGAAGCUGGUCAGAUGGGAAUGCAGAUCAGGAUUGGUCAAUCAAAAUAUUUUCCUAUUUAUUUUAUAAGUUGUUACCCAAGCUUUAGAUUUUUGGAUUUUUUUUUCUUUUUUUUUUUUGAAAACCCAUACAUUUUUCAUUCUCCAGUCAAUAUAUUACACACUUUUUAAAUGAUUGCAUGGCUUCAAUCAUGAGUAUUUCACUCCUCAAACUGUUAUGUCAGCAUUAUUAUUUAUACUAAUAAUAAUAAUAGUCCGUCAGUACUGUGCAAGCAUAGUGCUUGGAUAUGUCUCAGCUUAAUCUGAAUGGUCACUUCAUGGCCCCAGAAAUGAUCUUAGAUCUAGUGCAUUACAGUUUUCAUAUAUGUGACUAAUGUUAAUCCAACCAAUUUACAUUAUAGGCACAAACAAAGUCUUGUUGUAGUAUUGAAAAUAUCUCCGUUCUAGAUAAUAUAACAAAAUCUAAUCAAAAAUGAUGUCUGUAGAUAUUAGCACAUCCAGGUGUGCAGUUUCAAAGGAUUCGGGAGCAACUGUUAUCCGUGGUCACUUUCUUGUAUAUAAUGAACAAAAAGAAAUGUGUAUGAAGCUGUCAAGUUUGUUGUUUUCUCAUCUUGAAAUCUUUCCGUGUUUGAAAAUACCGAACUAGUACGUGACCGGUGAAUUUCUUUUCUCAGUUUGUUUUUAUAUAUAUAUAUACAUAUAAAAAAUAUUCCUUGGUCAUUUUACAACCGUUUUGUUAUUGGAGAACUUAUUAUUUGAUGAUAUUUUAAAGAUGAAAAAUAAAAGAUGGUCACAUAUAUACCAUGUAACUGCAGGUAUGUGAAGCCAGCUGUCUUGAUCCCGAUGAACUGUUGUCUGUUGUUUUGUGUUUGAAGAUUCCCUCGUGCAUGUCUUUUAUUAUUCUGAACACCACAUACUGGUUUCUCCAUUUCCUCCAACCUCCUGAAUCUUUCUCUGUUGCCAACCAUAGAAACUGAUUUUAGGGGAAAAUAUUGUUUCCAAUUAAGGUGCAACGAUUUCUCUCAAAGAGGUUUUUUGUGUGUUCUGAUUUGAAUGCUCAUGGAUUGCGUGUGUCGAGUUCACCUGUAAAGCUGCUACCCUUCAGCACCUCGAGGUUUAAGAUGCACUUGUAUUUUUCUGAUUUACCUUUGUCUUUUAUAAUAUAGUAGUUGGGAAUGGUUCAUCACAGUGCCUUAUUUGUCUGUGUUUGUGUUCAUUUACACCAUGAGCUUCUAGGAAUCACAGAAAUACAUAUAAUGGGUAAGAUUAUGAAUAAUGUCAUAAAAUACAUACGAAUGCACUUAAAACUAUAAGCUUUUUUUAUUUUGUUUUGUUAACGGAGUUUUCUACACACAUUCUGUGUAAAAUUGGUAUAGGCCACUGUUUUUUUUUCAGUUGCAGAUGCACACUUUAAUUUAUUUAUUGUUUUGAAUGUAUUUCUGUAAAUAGUUAAUCCUAUGGAUUUAAAAGGUUUCAUCUAGUCUGAGAGACUUUUAAAAACAAUAUUUCCAAGUAUACAUCUUUUAAGACAUAAUAUUUAUAAACUGUCUUAUCAGAGAGAAAAACAGAUUCAUAUUGAAUCUUUUAGUAACUUCACUGAAAGUGUAGAAUAACUGUUUAUUUCUGAACUGUAAUCACACGUGAUACGUUUUCAGAGAUUGAAUAAUUGGUCUCUUUUUGGGCAGAUGUUUCUGACAAGCGGAGUAGGUUAAAGGUCUUCUUUUUGUUGGAUCUUGUUUUGUUUUAUUUAUUUCUGUCAAUUGCAAGUGGCUGGUACACUCAAAAUUAGUUAUAAGAUUACCUUUAUUUCUUAUGAUAUUAGUCAACUAUGAGUCCGGAGAUGCAGCAUUUUUUCCCCUAUGAAUACAUGGGGAAAAUCUUGACACUUGUAAAUUCUGAUGCUUGUUCUGUGUAAUCAUUUUGUCUCUCUUUACUUCCCAUUUUAAGCAUCAUACAUAAUACACUGCUCUCUGUUGGCAGCAGUAUGAUUAUUUGUGUCUUGUAAUUAAAUUUUUUUUUUCUCUUUUCCAGGACAGAGCUUCCAGGCGCACAGAAAGGAGGGUUUUUCAUAAAUCAAAUAAUCUGUACCCUUUUUCAUUCUAAGAUGGCAUUGGUUUUCAAAAGGACUGUUUAGAAAUGUACAGAAGCUCUAGAAACUUAAUGUUUAAUGUGUGUGUGUGUGUGUGUGUGUGUGUGUGUGUGUGUGUGUUUUAGUAGCAGAUUUCUUGAGGUAAUAUUGACGUAUGUAGAUUAUGUAACGUAUGUAGAUUAAAACAACUGUAACCUGAUGAGAUUGUGUUUGGAGAAAGUCAUAUAUAUUCACACUAGCAAACAACAAUUGCUGGUAUCAUUAAUAACUAGGACAGGAUGGUGCCAUAAAA